AUUACCUUUAGUCGGUUUGACAGUUGCAAGUUGGGUCUGCCUUCGUGCGAUCGUGCGUGCGAUCCUACGCUAUAGGCAUUGUUUUAAUUUUUGUUCCGCGAGCCGCACGUAAUACUAGUACAUAGUCAACAAGUGUGUAACAAAUAAUAACUGUGAGAAUUAAUAUCAGUGUGGAAUAUAUUUCUAUUUUUGCUUUUUAUUUAAUAAAUUAAUAUUUUUGUAUAUCGUGAACCCCAGUGUCUGUUGUUUAGUUCUUUUGUUUAAUGUUUGUUACUGGCUCUCCCCAAUCACCAAUUGAAUAAUUGAGGAAGACUUAAUAUUGAAACAAUGGGGGAUUUAGAAAUAUUUAUUGUACCUACUAUUAUCAUAUAAUUAUGAUUCACCUUUAUUUGUAGCAGGAAAGUCUUGAAAAUAUUUAGUUUUUGUAAAUUCCCUCAGAGAGAAUAAGUAACUAAUAAGGCUGUAGAGAUAAAAUAAUGUCAGUGAAUUAUGUUAUUUUUGUGAUACUUUAAACCAGAAUAUCACGAAUGAAUUACUGAAAUAAGAACUUAGUUUGAAUUUCUAGUUGUAUUCAGGUAUUAAGUAAUCACAUAAACUAGAAGAAGUUGCUAUGCAAUAUAGAGAACGUGUUACGGUUAUAGUUAAACGAGCGUGUUCUAAGUGUGCGAGUUACCAAUAAGUGUAUUGAGUGUUGUGGUAGCGUGACGUAAUGUAAAACGACUCCAAAGUUGUGAUAUGUGUGGAGCGUGCUCACUCAUACUAAUGUUGGGGCCUGGGUUCAUCCGCGCCCGUACAGGAAAUACAUCCCGGAAGAAUUAACCCGCCGCGUUGUACCCGUCUUAUUUGCAUCGAUAUACAUAUGCAACGGUCGCACACUCGCGUCGCAUCCCAUCCGCUUAGGGCUCGAGUGUCCCUCUAUUGCCUCUUAUACCCGACGUAUGCUUCACACUCGUACCAUGCACGUUCUAAUUAAUCCGAUCUUCUCUUGACAUACUACUAAACUAAAAUAGAACCCGACAUUCAGAUUGUAUAAUGCUGUUGUAAACUUGAUUAAAAUGAUUCAGGAUGUACCUGAGAUCUUUACCGGAUUGAGAAUCGUUAACCUUUUGUAACAGUAGAUUUUAUGUAAGAUAUAAAUGAUCAGGAUUGUACAUAUCUCGUGUUCUUGUCGUAUGACUGAUAAACGGUAACCUCUAUUAACAAAAAGAUUCACAAAUGCAUUUGCUCCUGAACUGAUCACACUUGCUUCUGAACUUCUGAUAUUUUGCUAUUCUCUUAGGAGCAUAUCUUGUACUUAAUAUUGUAAACUGUAACUUUACUUCAGUUCAAUUGGACUAGAUAGUUUCGCUCCGAGUCGAGACUUUAAAAGUUGUCACAAUGAAAGUGUGACGAAAUGGUGAAGUGAAACCCGAGUUCUAUUUAAUAAACAACAACUGUGCAUAAAGUAAUAAUGAAUCAAUAUCGUAGAAGAUCCAAGUGGGAAGAGGCAAUCAUCCAGAGCUUCCUUAAAUUUUUGCGGGCGACGAAGGCGUUUUUGGACGCAUUGAGUGAAUCGGGGGCGGCGUGUGUGUCGCGAGCCACAGCGAUCAAAUUCUUGCUCGCGCGGAAGUUUGAUGUGGCGCGUGCGCAUGCUUUGUGGCGACAACACGAAGCCACACGACGCCGCGAGGGCCUCAACAAAUUCGAGCCAUUUGAAGAUCCACUCAAGUCUGAAUUAGAAACAGGGAAAUUUACUAUACUGCCAACGCGAGAUGCGACCGGUGCUGCCAUUGCUGUUUUUACAGCAAACAAACAUUUUCCAACGCAGACUACGCAUCAGAUAACAUUACAGGGUGUGGUGUACCAAUUGGACGUGGCGCUACAGUCGGUGGAGACGCAGCGCGCCGGCCUCGUCUUCAUAUACGACAUGACCGACUCCAAGUACACCAACUUCGAUUAUGAGCUCUCUCAGAAAAUACUCACCAUGCUCAAGGGAGGUUACCCAGCAAAGCUGAAGAAGGUGUUGAUAGUGACAGCCCCGCUGUGGUUCAAAGCACCAUUUCGGAUCUUGCGGCUGUUUGUCCGAGAGAAGUUGCGUGAGCGCGUGCACACUGUGAACGCGCCUCAGCUUGGCCUGCACGUGCCCCGCUCCAGUCUGCCCAAGCAACUUGGUGGCCUGCACGAACCAGACCACGCUGCCUGGUUGGAGCACUGCAAGAAUUGUUACACGAACAAUUUGCAGAACGCUAAACUAGACGGCGUCAUCGAUGAAUAUGUAAUCAGUAAUCACAUACCACCUAUCAACGCGCAAAAUGGUAUAAUAGAGCACGAGGGUGACAUGACCAGCGACCGCGCGCCGCGCCUGGACUCCGACACAGACAUGCACAUCAGCGGCGACCCUCCCUACACCUGCGACCCCAGCCCGCUCAGGCACACCCAUGGGUAUAAUGGUGAUAUGAAGAGCAGGCACAUAAACUCGGGAGACGAGGAUGACAUGGAUAUAAGCACGCGCGGCACGUGGUCGUCGGGCGAGGUGUCGCCGGGGCUGUCGGACGAGGAGGGCGGCGGCGGCGGCGCGGGCGAGGCGCCGCACGCACUGCUGCAGCGCGUGCGCGCGCUCGGCCGCCGCGGGCUCGCCGCGGAGUACGACGACAUCCGCGCGCGCCCUCCGCUCGGCACCUUCCAUCAUGCCAAAUUGCCGAGCAAUCUAGCCAAAAAUCGUUACACGGACGUGCUAUGCUACGACCACUCGCGCGUGUUACUGUCGCAGACAGAUCCAGACGACCCCACCACAGACUAUAUCAACGCUAACUACGUCGACGGGUACAAACAGAAAAAUGCUUACAUCUGUACGCAAGGUCCGUUGCCGAAGACGUUCAGUGACUUCUGGCGCAUGGUGUGGGAGCAGGGCACGUUGGUGAUAGUGAUGACGACGCGCGCCGUGGAGCGCGGCCGCGUCAAGUGCGGCCAGUACUGGCCGCUCGCCGACGGACAACACGUCGUCUACGGGGACUUCGCCGUCACCACGCAGGCCGUCGAGCACGAGGAGGACUACACCGUCACGCAUCUACUGCUCAGUGACCUUAAGCGCGGCGGGUCGCGGCGCGUGUGGCACGGGCAGUACACGCGGUGGCCGGACUACGGCGUGCCGGGCGGCGGCAGCGCGGCGCCCGUGCUGCGCUUCCUGGCGCGCACGCGGCGCGCGCAGGCGCUGGCGCUGCACGACCUCGACCACGCCUGGGCCGGGCACAAGCAGGGCCCGCCCAUCGUCGUGCACUGCUCCGCGGGCAUCGGCAGGACGGGCACGUUCCUGACGCUGGACAUCUGCGCGCAGCGACUGAGCGCGGAGGGCGUGCUGGACGUGCGCGGCACGGUGGAGCGGAUCCGUGCGCAGCGCGCGCACUCCAUCCAGAUGCCCGACCAGUACGUCUUCUGUCAUCUCGCGCUACUCGAGUACGCGGUGAUGCAGGGCUACCUAGACUCUGCCGACCUGACGGGAUUCGACGAAGACAACGAGGAGGAGUCAGAAUGAAGACUGUCUCGACCGUCCUGCGCCCUACUGUAGCGCACACAGACUUACUGUACAGUGUGUACGCAGUGUAUAGUGUACGCAGUGUAUAGUGUACGCAGUGUAUAGUGUACGCAGUGUAUAGUGUACGAGUGUACAGUGAAUGCAGUGUAUAGAGUGACGUCACUGACUGCCGCGCUAUCCGCACAUAGCUUAAGAAAUAUAAACAUUGAAACAAAAACGUUCCUCUAGCAAGAAUAAGAACUGAAAUAAACCUGGUAAUGGGAAGGAAGCCUACACAAGUAUUUAUUUGCAUAUUAUAAAUCUUUGUAACCAAAAAUAUUUCCACGAUUAUUUAGAUUUUUAAUAUUUAUUUAUAUGAUGUAAGGAGUUAUGGCUGUGUGAAGUUUUGUCUGUAACUUAUGUAGUUAUGUUUAUUUUAUUGCAAUAAAUUAUUUGAUGUAAUUGCCAUACAAACAUUAUAUUUAAAUGUGUCCGUUGAAUUCGCAGUUUCGCACGAUUUGAUAUACGUUGAGGUGCUGGUAGGCUUAAAACGUUGAUUCAUGUUAAUCAUUUAUAUAUUUCAUUCGCGCGUUGUCGCAUAAUGAUGUGUAUUAUACAUUUUUAUAAUCGUCAACGCUCACGUCGAGCUAUUGUAUGAAUUUAUGAUAAUGCACUGAAGCAUCUAGACGUCGUUACGAAUUAUUAUAAAUUAUUAUAUAAUAAAUAAGUUUAGUCGCAGAAUGUCCGCUUUGCUCAUUGUCAACGAAGGAAAACAGGUUUAAAUGAAAUCAACCACUUCAGAAAACAUUUUAUAGUAUGAAUAUAAACCAUGGUUAGAUUUUAGAGUGGGGGUAAGGUGACACCAACUAUUUACAUUUGGCAUUAUUUCUCACUGUAAUUUUUAACACUAUUGAAUUCAUUUUCUUAUUCUCACGUUAACUUACCUAUUACUUAGAUAAGACUAAAACUAAAUAAUAGCAAUAACCAUUAAAUAAUGAGAAAGUUAAAACCAUUAAAUAAAAUAAAGAGAAUACUCAACAUGCGAAUUGAACUCCACUACGAAAAAUCUGGCCAUGACAUGGACUACACAUACAUCUGCUACUACUUUAUUCAGUUGCACGAUGCUAACUUGAUGCUUUAAUAUUGCAAAAUCUAUUCCUAAUUUCCAAGGCAAAAGGGUGAAGUCCAGUCGAAUGUACAGCUAAGUGAAUGACCGACUUACUACCGGCGGGAGACUGAAUACGUAAAUGUAGAAAAAAAAUAUUCGCCAAAUUGGACAUUUGCCACUGCUACACAUAACUAAGUGAACAUUCUGCGACCAGACAAUAUAAAUUUUACAUAGACUGAGUAAUGUUAAUAUGUUCUAAAAGUUUACAUGCGGCCCGUCGUACUAGCGUAAAUUUAUAAU